AUGGAUUUACAGGAUGUGGCCCAGCGUGUUGGCAAAUACGAGUUGUUGAUUAGGGAAGAAAUCCAAAGGAAGAACAAUUCCAAACCUGCAUACUACAAGAAUCCAAUUCAUCAAGUAGAAGUAAUGAGCACAUUGGAAGGAGAAGUCGAAGAAGAGACCAGCCCCGAAGUAGCAUUAGCUGAGAUCGUCCAGAUGAAAAAUCAUAUCACCUGCAAAGCGGUAGUACGGCCAGGGAAGGAGCAGCGAAAUAUCCUUGCCCCGACUGGGGGAUUCAUUCCAUACAAGCAGAAGCACAAAUUGUACUCUUUCGAUUUGUCAAAAGCCGAGAAUAUCUUCGACGAAUUGCUACGGGGAAAAGCAAUCAAGCUUGACGAUAAGCACAUAUUCCCUAAGCCAGAAGAGCUGAAAAACAAAAUGUUCUGUAAGUGGCAUAAUUCCUUUUCACAUGCUAUUAACAACUGUGUUCAGUUCAAGGAUGUCAUCCAAGACCUCAUCGUUGAAGGCUAG